AUGAGUUUCUCUAUGCUUAUCUCUCCUAGUUCAUGGUAUAAACUAUCAUGGCUUCACAGUACUGCAACAUUCCUAGUCUUUACCACCUUAUUUUAUGCAAAUAUUGUCUCUUGCUCCCACCCUGACAUCCCAGAUUACCAUGAUAACUGUGCCAAGAUUGUCCCUGAAUCUCCUCCUACUUCUCCUGAAUUCACCACCAUCCCUUUUCCUCCAAACCAGGAAGGUUACUUCCUUGGUGGGGAUGGAAUGUUUAGUCAUUCAAACUCGAGGUCAAACUCAACUCGCUACUACCGCUACUACCCAUCAGGUGAAAGGAGAGUCCUAGUGAUUCGCUCACAUCACGUCCACAGCACUGAUCUUGAUGGUGUAUACAAAGUUCAGGCGAGCUUGAUCCUCCAACCCUCAAGAAGUAGCUAUUAUGUGGAGGAUGUUACAUACAGCUAUUCGUAUUCUCCACAGGUCAUUUCUAGUUGGUCUGAGAGGGGUGUUUUGAGUUUGGAAUUAGAAGGGUUCUGGUCAAAAUCUACUGGGAAGCUUUGUAUGGUGGGAUCGAGUUCUACUUACUCACAUGAAGGUAAAGCUCGUGUUCUUCAAGCUCUUCUUAAGCUUAAUGAUGUUAAGAGUGAAAAUGAGAUUACUAGUUUGAUUAGAGGAACAUUGGAGAGCUUGAACUCUGCUGAUGAUUCGAGUUAUUUCAAACCAAUUUCGCUCUUGAUGUUCCCUCGAAUGAAUUAUAUAUACACUGAGGUUUCAAAAGAACUUGAUUCUGUGUGUACUGGUGAGAUUGAUGAUGCAAAAAGUUCUCUCACCUUACCACUGAGUAAAUCAAUUUGCUCGGUGUUUUCACAGGGGAGCAAUUCAUUCCAAUUAAUGUAUGCAAGUGGCUGUGAUUCUGCAAAGAAUUGUAAUCCUUUGGGUGAGGGUGUUGGAUUUUUGCCAGGAGUGAUGUCCUUGAGUUUAAUUGAAUGUUUACAUGAUAGACCAAGUCUGAGAUUUCUGUUAGAAUUUCCCAACAGUAGCUAUGCUGAUUAUUAUCUCCCCUUCAGUCCAAAUACAACAUUAGUUGCAGAAGGAUCAUGGAAUUCCAAGAAAAAUCAGCUAUGUAUUGUUGCUUGUCGAAUUUCGACUGCAACAAAUUCUUUGAAUAGUUCUCUUGUUGAGGAUUGCUCAAUAAGGAUGAGUUUAAGGUUCCCUUCUGUUUGGUCAGUCAGAAAGAAUAGUGCUAUUGUGGGACAUAUUUGGAGCAACAAAGGUGCAAAUGAGUCGGGUUACUUCAAGAGGAUCAGGUUUCAAAGUUACAGGGGUGUGUUGCGUGGGAUUCCAGGGCUUAAAUAUGAGUAUACCUUUGUUGAUAGAGCAACAAAUUCAUGCCUGAAGAAGCAGCCAGCAAGAAAGAAAGAAACCCAAUACCCAGAUGCAAAUUCAUAUGACAUGCAAUUUGAUAUGUCAGUCAAGAAUUCCAGUGGAAAAAGAAUUGGAUGGGGCUAUGCAAGCCCCCUCUUUAUAGGUGAUCAAAUUCCAGUAUGGAACGGGUACUCCAUGCCAUUUUCCAGUUCAAGGAACUCUCUGCAUGAAGGAAAAAAUCAACACAUCAGUCCUUUGAACAUCAGCUACAAAAUGAAUUUCCCAUCAUUCAAUUCCUCCUUGAAUGAGUAUUCUCAAGUUGAAAUUUUUGCUGAGGGAAUUUAUGAUCCUGAAACAGGAGUUAUGUGCAUGGUGGGCUGCAGAUAUCUCGGCUCAAACAAUCAUACAGAUGAUGAUUUGAUGGACUGUGAAUUUCUUGUUAAUCUUGAGUUUCCUCCAGUAGAUUCAAACAAUUAUAUCCAGGGAACUAUGAAGAGCACAAGGAAAGAAUCCGAUCCUCAUUACUUACAGCCUCUUUCCUUUUCUGCAGUUUCCUUCAAUGGUCGAUAUGCAAGGGAAUCAAUACUGAGGAUGGAUUUGGAGAUCAUUAUGGCUUUGGUCUCGAAUACCCUAGUAUGUUUCUUUGUGGGAUACCAAAUCUUCUAUUUAAAGAAGCAUCCUAAUAUGUUUCCUUACAUCUCACUUCUCAUGCUUGUGGUACUUACUCUGGGGCACAUGAUCCCUCUCGUGCUGAACAUUGAAGCCUUGUUCUUUUCGAAGCAAAAUCGCCAAUCUUUCCAACGGGGGAGUGGGGGAUUGCUUGAAAUGAAUGAGGUGAUCGUAAGGGCAGUGACAAUGGUAGCAUUUCUGCUGAAAGUCCGACUUCUGCAGCUUGUAUUGUCUGCACGGUGGGCUGACGGAAAUUCGAAAGCCUCCUGGAUUGCUGAGAAGAAGACACUUUAUCUGUCUCUACCAUUAUAUAUAACCGGAGGCUUGAUUGCUUUCUAUGUGAACUGGAGGAAUGACAAUAUUGGAAAGGAUAUGAAUUAUACUUACAUAUACAAUCACCAGCAUUCCCUUUGGUUGGGCUUAAGGUCUUAUGCCGGAUUGAUACUUGAUGGUUUCCUUCUCCCUCAAAUCAUCCUCAACAUUUUCCACAACUCAAGAGAGAAUGCUCUCUCUUGUUUCUUCUACAUAGGGACAACAUUUGUGCGUUUGCUACCGCACACUUAUGAUCUUUACAGGGCACACUACUACAAUGAUGAUUUCGAUUGGUCGUACAUGUAUGCCAAUCCUGCUGCAGAUUAUUACUCCACUGCUUGGGAUGUGAUCAUUCCUCUUGGAGGUCUGCUAUCUGCUGCAAUCAUAUACUUGCAGCAGCGCAAUGGAGGUCGUUGUUUCCUGCCGAAAAGAUUUAACGAGCUGAAAGUAUAUGAGAAGGUGCCAGUGACUAGUGAACCAUAA